UGGCAAUCUUGAAAACAGAAAGUGGAAGAAGUGCAGACUGACACUGGUCGAGGUGUCUCCGUCAAUUGUGGUGUCUCGCCAACAGCCACAGCUCAAUGACUCUAUCCGUCGGCCGAUGGGGGUGGAAAAACAAAUUAUAAGCCCUGGAGACGGUAAUUAUGCACCCCCUUGUUUUUUUUGUUUGUAAAAUUAUCAUUCAUUUUUCCAGAUUAAAAUAAAAUACUGUACUGUGUAGACGAAUAACUAUAACUUAAUAAAGACUGAAGAGUAAAGCUAAGUGUACUUGGACUGUACUGUAGAAAUGUAGAUUACUUGACUUUAUACACUCUUGUCUUUUGUCUAGCUUAUUACUUAAAAAUUACUAGUUUUACUUAGGCCUACAUAACAACCUACAAAAAAUAUAACAUUGUUAUUGUUCAUUGAAAGUGUAGCAUACAAUAGCCUAUAGCAAAGUAUAAAAAUACUCUAAAUUACUGUCUUACUUUUAGUAUUUUAGUGUCAACUCAAAUUCUUUUCUAUAUAAUAUAUUAUAUAUACUAACAUAUAAUAUUAUAUAGUCUAUACUAUAGACAGACUAGUAUAUUAUUGGUAAUCUUGCAGUUUAGGUGCGUAAAUUAUAUCUGAUCGAAUUUCGUAUUUUUUAUUAUCGCAUGUAAAUAUUUUUUUGGUUUGCACCUUAACUUAUAACAUGAUUGAUUGAUAAAGGUACAUGUCAUGUUAUGAUUAAACUCCAUAGCCAUAACAUUUUAAAAUUUAGUAUGCCUGGAAAUUACAAUAAAAUAAUCAAAAUUAUGGCCUUCAACUUCAAGGUGCAGCAUUAACAUUGCCUACCUCUUUACCUUGAGAUAACAGUGUUGUUUCCAUCUAAUCAUUGUAAAAUAGCCAGGGGGACUUGGCUCAAGUAAGACAACUGACCAUAGGGAGGCAUAAACCAUCUGUAAAAUAAAACCCUACUGGAUAGCUUGGUGUGCCAUCUUUUUAAACAGCUAUCUUAAGACUUAAGUUCUUUUUUAAAAAUUGAAAAUUUUAAAUAUUUUUCCAGUGCCAUCUCUAGUACCUUAUUUUCUUUUUCAAUUUCAGGUGCAACUUACCCCAAAACAGGUCAAACAGUUGUAAUUCACUACACUGGUAAGUUCAUACCAUUUCCUAGCAGAAUUAAAAAUAUGAACGUAGUAGCUUGAUUUUGUUUAUUGUCACUUAACCAAUUAUCAUCUUUAAAAAAAAUUUUUUUUUUGCUUGCAAAUUUAUCAUGGCAGAAAUAAAUGAAAAAUUUUGAAACAAUUUUAAAAGUAGAAGCAAAAUAAAGAAAGCUAGAGAUUUGGAAUCUUCAAAACAAUAAUAUAAUUUUUAUUUUAUCUUAAACAGCAGAUAAAGGAAUUUUGUUAACAUUAAGUUUCUAGGUUUUAAUAUAUUAUUUCUUUACCCGAUUUUUAUAGCAUCAUUAGUAGAUGGUCAAAAAAUAGAUUCAUCACGUGAUAGAGGCAACCCUUUCAAAUUUCGUAUUGGCAAAGGUGAAGUUAUAAAAG